GGCUAGCUCCGUCAAUGGGGAUGUCGGGGUGGGGCGCAGUUGGCGCGCGGUAGAUAGGCGGGCGGGUAGCCGACCAGUUCUGGCUAGGCCACGUGACGGGGGAGUCGGGGCUGUGGACGGCGGCUGCGGGGGGCGCGCGGCGAGACCAUGGAGCUAAAGUGGCUGCUGUGUGUGACAUUGCUGAUACUUGGAUUAGUUGAUGUCCAGACUCAUGAUGUGGAAGAAGACCAUGGUGAUGAUGUAAUUGAUAUUGAGGAUGACUUGGAAGAUGGUGUUGAGGAGGUAGAAGAGACAAAGCCUGAAGCCAGCAGCCCUCCUCCAUCCCCAAAGGUUACCUAUAAGCCCCCAGUACCAACAGGAGAGGUUUAUUUUGUGGAAAAUUUUGAUAAGGGAACCCUGGAAGGAUGGGUUCUUUCCAAGGCCAAGAAGGAUGACACAGAUGAUGAAAUUGCAAAAUAUGAUGGUAAAUGGGAAGUGGAGGAAAUGAAGGACACUAAACUUCCAGGGGACAAAGGACUUGUACUGAUUUCCCGGGCCAAGCAUCAUGCGAUCUCUGCCAAACUGACAAAACCCUUCAUAUUUAAUACCAAACCCCUCAUUGUACAGUAUGAAGUGAAUUUCCAAAAUGGGAUUGAGUGUGGCGGGGCCUAUGUGAAGCUGCUUUCUAAAACCGCAGAGCUGAACCUGGAUCAGUUUCAUGACAAAACUGCCUACACAAUCAUGUUUGGUCCUGAUAAAUGUGGAGAAGAUUAUAAAUUACACUUCAUCUUUCGGCACAAGAACCCCAAAACCGGCAAAUAUGAAGAGAAGCAUGCAAAGCGUCCAGAUGCAGAUCUGAAGACCUACUUUACUGAUAAGAAGACCCACCUCUAUACUCUGGUCUUGAAUCCUGAUAAUAGUUUUGAAGUCCUGGUUGAUCAGACUGUGGUGAAUAGUGGGAAUCUCUUAAAUGAUGUGACUCCUGCUGUGAAUCCACCCCGAGAGAUUGAGGACCCAGAUGACCAGAAACCAGAGGACUGGGAUGAGAGACCCAAGAUCCCAGACCCAGAUGCUGUUAAACCAGAAGAUUGGGAUGAGGAUGCUCCUGCAAAGAUUUCAGAUGAUGAUGCUGUGAAGCCAGAAGGUUGGCUGGAUGAUGAACCAGAAUAUGUAGCUGAUCCUGAUGCAGAGAAACCAGAGGACUGGGAUGAGGAUAUGGACGGAGAGUGGGAGGCACCUCAGAUUGCAAAUCCCAAAUGUGAGUCAGCCCCUGGCUGUGGUACCUGGCAACGACCUAUGAUUGACAAUCCCAACUACAAAGGCAAAUGGAAGCCUCCUAUGAUUGAUAACCCCAACUACCAGGGAAUCUGGAAGCCCAGGAAGAUUCCAAACCCAGAUUUCUUUGAAGAUCUAGAACCUUUCAAAAUGACUCCCUUCACUGCUGUGGGCCUUGAACUAUGGUCAAUGACCUCUGACAUCUUCUUUGACAACUUUAUUAUCUGUACAGACCGAGUUGUGGCAGAAGAUUGGGCCAAUGAUGGUUGGGGUCUAAAAAAGGCAGCUGAUGGCGCUGCUGAGCCUGGUGUUGUGGGCCAGAUGAUGGCAGCUGCUGAAGAGCGUCCCUGGCUGUGGGUAGUGUACAUCCUAACUGUGGCUCUACCUGUGUUCCUUGUUGUCCUCUUCUGCUGUUCUGGAAAGAAACAGCCAAGCGCUGCAGAGUACAAAAAGACUGAUGCUCCUCAACCUGAUGUGAAUGAGGAGAAAGAGGAGGGAAAAGACAAGGCAGAUGAAGAGGAGGAAGAGGAGGAGGAAGCGGAAUCAAAUGAAGACAAGCAGGAAGAGAAGCAAAAGAGUGAUGCUGAUGUUGGAAGUGCUAGUCAAGAGGAGGAGGAAGAUGAGGAGGAAGAGGAAGAAGAUGGAAAACCCACAUCAGAGGAGGAAGAAAGCAUGAAUAGAUUGAAAAAAUCAUAAGAACUUCAUCUAUGAUUAUAUUUUCCCCCAACAUGGUUCUGGGAGAGGACCUUGGAUACCUUAUGUUGAAACUCAGACAAACCUCAAGACUUCACCAUCCGCAGGUUCCAGUCACACUACCCAAUGUAACUGAGUGUCUAGCAGUAAAAUAUUUGCAAUCAUCUGUUUAAAAAGAACACCAUUCCUGUAGCAAGAUGCAUUUAAUGUAAUGGGCUGUGGAUUUUGGAAUGUAACAAAACUAACCUUUUAUUUUUGUUUUUAAAUAGAUUGGUAGAACUUUGCCAGUCUCUCAACCUUAGCUUAAUUUAAUGUAUUAAUCGAUCAAUGAAAAAUAACAAAUCUAGAAAAAUACUAGUUGAUGAAAUGCAGUUUUUAUAACUUUAUUUUUUUAUAAACAUGGAAAUUCCUGGCAAUGCCUGUAUAUCCCUUAAAUUUGGUCAUCAUGUUAGCUGUCAGUGGCUACAUUGACUUUUUUUUUUUUUUUAAACCCUCUCAAAUAAGGAAAUUAGGGGUGGGAAGGAAGUUAAAGUCUAUGUAAAGAAACUAUAGAACUAAGAUGUAUGAAUAUUCCCAAGAAAGCCCUCUCAUGUACUUGUUGAGGGAGAAGCAUAGGUAGGCAAUGAAAUAAGCGUGUUGCCCGUGGCAGUUGCCCAGUUAAGUGUUCACAAUUGGCUUAAGAUAGUGGGGGGUAGGUUUUACUAUGGUACUUAGUCUUGCAAGACUCAUGGAGGCCGGAUGUCUGAUUUCUUUAGUUCUUGAGCUCUUCACAAUAGGGCAGUGGCUGUCUGGGUUUAAAAAAAAAAAAUUCUCUUCCUCUGGCCCUAGCUUUCUCUGCUACUGUGCAGCUUCUUCAGAGUGUAGGUUGGCCUCCAUUGCUGAAAACUACUUUAUGCUUGGCUCACUAUCAAACUUUUAUAGGUGGGUUGUUUUUUGGUGGGGCAAAAGGGUGUUUUUGUUUUUUAAGCUACACCUACUUCUUUCCAGGGUCCAAACACUGGAUACGACAGUGUCCCUAAUCUCCUUAUUGUUGCCCUGUAUGUAAACUCCUGCACAGAGACAGGGAGGUGGGAAAAGAAUAGACAAGUGGACCUAAAGACUCAUAUCAGAAGCAAAGAUGUCAGUAUUUGUAGAUGGGGAAGGAGCAUGUGUAAUAACCUACCUGGUAUGUGUAACCAUUUGAGUCUUUCAUCUGCUUUUCAUGUAACAGUUGCAUUCUAAAUUAUAUUGUGACUAUAGGGGGUUCCAAAUCCAGUUAAAUAAAUUUUUUUUUAAAAGUCA